AUGAAGGCCGAUUAUAUGUUCACGAAACUAGAGGAACUUUCUGCUGUAGCACAAUUCGGGACUGUUAGUGUCUGCGGUGUUGAACUGGGAAAAAGUCUCUCAGAUAAAGAUGUGGAACAAGAAGAAUAUGAUAUGAACCUGAAACCAGCUGAGAUUAAGAAGAAAAAGGUUCUCAAUUUUAAUAAUGUUACAUUUGAUGAAUGGACUAACACAUAUGUCAGUGACAUUUUACAAAAAAUUGAACCAAUCAAAGAAAAUAGAUGGAAAGAUUCUCAACGUCAUAACAAUUCAAUGAAGGAAUGUACUUGUGGUUUGGAGAAAUUGGGAAGACUUGAAACGAAAGUUUCGGGAUAUAAAUUCGAAGUAAAAAAAUUCGAAGGUGACACUUUAUUCGAUAUCAUUAAGACAGAAAAGUCAUACCAUUAUUUGGAAGCUCGUACCUAUCUAUUGAAGAAAAUCUCAUUUAUGACAAGCAUCGACAAGUUUUAA